AUGGCUCAGAGUUCUGUGGACUCGGACAGACUGUCCUCAGCUGGAAUUUCGACCCAUAGCUCAGGAACUGCAGGCACUGUUGGUGGCUCUGUAGUUGGUGUCAGACCAGGAGAUGCAGUGCUUAAAAGAGAGGAUGAGGAUGAAUAUAACCUUGGACCGCUGCCUCCAAUGUGGGAAAAGGCAUUCACACCAUCAGGAGAAGUUUAUUUUAUUGACCACAACACAGGCACGUCACACUGGUUGGACCCAAGAUUAGCAAGAGUCCGGAAACAUUCCCUCGGUGAAUGUGGAGAAGACGAACUGCCCUUUGGCUGGGAGAGAGUGACGGAUGAACGAUACGGUUCUUAUUACGUAGACCACAUCAAUAGAAGAACACAGUAUGAAAAUCCUGUGCUGCAGGCUAGAAGAUUGAGAGCGGAGAAAUUGUCAUCCGAGAAUGGGGGCACCGGCCCAUCUAACGGGCCAACGCCCACAGGAGAGCUUCGGGGCGAGAGAUUCACUCUCACUCUCACUAAAGGCACUCAGGGUUUAGGCUUCACGCUGAUCGGAGCUGAAGGUAUACCAGAGACGGAGGGCUACCUUCAAAUACGUAGCAUCGUGCCCCAUAGCCCAGCUUGGAUUGAUGGAGCUCUUCGUCCAGGUGACGUGGUGGUUGGAGUAGGCAACCGAGGAGUGCGAGGACUCUCCCACGCUCACGUGGCUCAAAUCUUCCAGUCGAUUACACCUGGAACUGAGGUCACAUUGCAUCUUGUUAGAGGUUAUCCCCUGUCCUUCGACUCUGAGGACCCGAACACUCGCGUGCUGAGUACGUUGGCAGUGGACGCGACCACUCCUGCCACCUCCGACGCCGUCGCCAUGCAACAACUUACCAGAGCACUGCGGACCAGAUCUAUGCACAAUUCUAGGUUCAACUUGGACUCGCCCAACCACGAGUCUACCAACCAGGGGAGGGACAAAGUGGACGGUCCCACUCCACAUAGUCCAGGGCAGAGACGAAUGAUGUCUAGGUCAUUUGACCUGGAUGAACUGACCAUACAUGAUGAUAACCAGGAGCUGCCUCGGUGUCCAUCUCUUGAUCAUGUACUGUCUUUGGCUGGUGAACAUCAGUCGCGUGCUGACAAUAGCUCGUCCAACGAGCCUGGCAGGGAGUUGGUGCUGACGCUGCGGCGGGGCGCGGCUGGCUUCGGCUUCACUAUCGCUGACAGCGUACAUGGCCAGAAGGUCAAAAAGGUUUUGGACCGCAGUAGGUGUGCAGGUCUACGGGAAGGUGACUUAUUGCUGCAGAUCGGAGACACAGACGUCAGACACGCGCCACAUCAACAUGUUGUGCAGGUGCUGAAGGAGUGCCCCGCGCUUGCGGCGAGCCGCCUGGUGGUGUGGCGCCGCAGCCCCGCGCCGCGCGCGCCGCGCAGCCGCUCCGCCACCAGGCACCAGCCGCAGCCCGCACCAAACAACAACGUCAUUAGAAGUAAGACGCCCACAGCGGAACAGUUGCGGUCACCAAACAUACACACUCAAGACUCGUUGAGAGACAGGCUUAAUGGCAUGAAUUCUGAAGCGACAUACGCAGUGCCCGAACACAAAAACCGUGAACGAGAAAGCCUUAUAGACCGCAGACGUAGGAGCAGUACGCCUGGAGGACGUCUCACUCUCCCAGUAGUCACGCCUUGGAACGAACCACAACCCGACAACCAAUGGCAAGAACGAGAAACAUGGGUCGACAACUCUAACAUCAGAAACUGGGCCGAAAACGCCCAAAAAUGGGAUGAAAACGGACAAAAAUGGGACGAAAACGGACAAAAAUGGGAACAGAACGGACAAAAAUGGGAUGAGAAUGGACAAAAAUGGGUAGAGAACGGUCAAAAGUGGGUUGAGAAUGGACAGAAGUGGGUUGAAAAUGGUCAGAAGUGGGACGAGAGUACAAAUGGCAAUCGGUGGGAAAAUAAUGAAAGGUGGGGGAAUGGGAAUUGGGGUGAGGUGCCCACUCCUACCGUACAUGUCGACAUGAAUGCUGCCUACUGGAGAGGAAACGCCAGUGUAGCAGAUAGUAGUGAUAAUGGAGGGUUCCCGGAAGAUGGUAUGCUACAUUCGCCGACGACUGCGGCCAUUGGCGGUCUUACUAGACAGUCUCCGUCAACCAGCAGGAUACGACCACUUUCUCCUUCUAACUCAACUGGUCGGCUCCGCAGUCAGUCCCCGUCUGCCACGAGCGCGACCGACCAUCUCCUGUCGCAGUCUCCGUCCACUCGCCUGCAGAGCCAGUCACCUUCCAACAACUCUUCCAACAGUAGAAUCAAAUCGUCUCCACUCAGGCUACGCGAAUCCUCUCCGUCCCGCCACAUGCACUCCCCUGUGUCGCGACAGUCGCCAUCUUGCUACGAGAACGAUGUACAACCCAACACACUAUACGUCGCUAACUACCCACAGGUGGAGGCGGGCGGCGCGGAGUCGGACCCGGCGGCCGACGUGCUGGUGCGGCUGGCGCGCGCCGCCGCCGGCUUCGGGUUCCGCAUCGUCGGCGGCACCGAGGACGGCAGCCGGGUCGCCGUCGGGUACGUCGUGCCCGGUGGUCCAGCAGACGGGCUGCUCCGUCCAGGCGACCUGCUGACGUCGGUGGACGGCGUAUCGCUGGCCGGGGCCACCCACACCCGCGCCGUCUCAUACGUCUGUCAGGCGGCGUCUAGGGGACAUGUGACGCUGGGAGUAAGACACAACCGUGCGGACAUCCAGCCACUCGGCCUGCCCACCAUGGCGGCUCCGCAUACACACCAACCUUUACUGACCGCGGAGCCGGCCAUGCACCACGGUAUGCCGCCGGGCUCGUACAACAUAUUGCACCCGGCGCCCAUGUACCCAGCUCCGGCCCAUGUACCUAUGUACGGCGUGCAAUAUGACACGACGGCCGGUGGAUGGUCGUCCGUGCCCUAUGACGUCACAGUCACCAGAAACGAGGGCGAAGGAUUCGGUUUCGUGGUUAUCUCCUCCGCUAACAAAGCUACUAGUACUAUCGGCCAACUGAUCCCGAACUCACCAGCCGCUCGUUGCGGUCUACUGCACGUGGGCGACACCAUCGUUGGCAUCAACCACGUGUCUAUCCGUAACCUGCCGCACCCUGAAGUCGUCGCGUUGAUCAAGCACUCGGGCACCAGCGUCACUCUCACUGUACUACCGGACCGGGCCCACUGA